GAGUGCCACCGGAUCUGCAAAGUGAAGACUUAAAUCCAAGGCCAUGGCAAAACACCUGAAGUUCAUUGCCAGGACUGUGAUGGUACAGGAAGGGAACGUGGAAGGUGCAUACAGGACCCUGAACAGAAUCCUCAGCAUGGAUGGGCUCAUUGAGGACCUUAAACGACGAAGAUACUAUGAGAAACCUUGCCGCAGACGACAGCGGGAAAGCUAUGAAAACUGCCGGCGGAUCUACAACAUGGAAAUGGCUCGAAAGAUCAACUUUUUGAUGCGAAAGAAUCGGGCAGAUCCAUGGCAGGGCUGCUGAGAUGUGGAUUGAUGGCCCACAUCAUUUGUCUCCACCUCUUUCUCUACAAUAAACUCAAAUCACAUAUAA